CUGAUUGAAAUUCUACAAACCCACGCCGAAACCGAGCGAUACUGGUAGCUAGAGGCUAGAGCUAUGGCGGAAACGGACACCAACUCGUCUAUCAUACUUCACAAUGCCGUAAUUGUCACCAUGGAUCCUCAAAGCCGAGUCUUUCGCAACGGUGGGAUCUUCAUCCAACACGAUACAAUCAAAGCCAUAGGUCAAUCUUCCGAUAUUCUUCGCGAUUUCUCUUCUCUCGCUCACCAAAUCAUCGACCUCCACGCCCAAAUCUUACUCCCAGGAUUCAUCAACACGCACGUUCACACCUCUCAGCAACUAGCAAGAGGGAUAGCGGACGACGUUCACUUGAUGACAUGGUUGCACGGCCGCAUAUGGCCGUACGAGUCCAACAUGACCGAGGAAGAUUCUUAUAUUUCCACUCUACUGUGCGGCAUCGAACUCAUUCACUCCGGUGUAACGUGCUUUGCUGAAGCCGGGGGGCAGCACGUAUCUGGAAUGGCGAAGGCGGUGGAGUUAUUGGGCUUGCGUGCGUGUUUGGUCCAAUCAACCAUGGAUUCCGGUGAGGGUUUGCCGGCAUUGUGGGCGAACAGAACCACUGAUGAUUGUAUUCAGUCUCAAAAGGAGCUCUACAAGAAGCAUCAUAAUACAGCAGAUGGACGAAUCAGAGUGUGGUUUGGAAUUAGACAAAUCAUGAAUUCAACUGAUCGUUUGCUACUUGAAACAAGAGACGCCACGAGAGAACUGAAAACUGGAAUCCAUAUGCAUGUUGCAGAGAUACCCUAUGAGAAUCAACUUGUGAUGGAUACUCAAAAGGUUGAUCAUGGGACGGUUACGUACUUGGAGAAGAUUGGGUUUCUCCAAAACAAUUUGCUUUCAGCUCAUACAGUUUGGGUCAACAGUACUGAGAUUGGUUUUCUUUCUAGCACUGGAGUCAAAGUAUCUCAUUGUCCUGCCUCUGCAAUGCGCAUGCUUGGAUUUGCACCUAUUAGGGAGAUGCUUGAUGCUGGCAUUUGUGUCUCCUUGGGAACAGAUGGCGCACCAUCAAACAACAGAAUGAGCAUUGUUGAUGAGAUGUACCUGGCUUCUCUUAUUAACAAAGGACGGGAAGUUCAUAGAAUUGGAACCACCGAUCCCACCGCUCUUCCUGCUGAAACAGUUCUCAGAAUGGCGACAAUAAAUGGUGCAAAAUCAGUACUCUGGGAUAAUGAAAUAGGGUCACUUGAGGUUGGGAAAAAGGCUGACUUGGUUGUCGUCAAUCCUUCCCUUUGGCCCAUGGUUCCUGUCCAUGACUGCAUUUCCAGCCUUGUGUAUUGCAUGCGAACUGAAAACGUGGUCUCUGUAAUGUGCAAUGGCCAUUGGAUCAUGAAGGAUAAGAAGAUUUUGCGUGUAAAUGAGGAAGAUGUUAUUUUGGAGGCAGGGGGAGCUGCUAGCGAUCUAUUGAAGAGGGCAGGAAUAAUAAUUCCCAGCAGAAUGAAGAUCCUUUGAUUAUUCAAACGGGCAUGUGGUUGCUGUACUUGCUGAAAAGCAUUUGGCUGAAAGCCUCAAACAGACGCCCCCCAGCCCACCCAAUCGCCCACACGAACCAAAGAGAACGAACUUUCCGUCUCCUUCCUUGGGCCUAUAUAUGAUAUAUCCAUCUGGGUUUUUCCUCUGGACUCCAGAAUAAUACUACAUUUAAGCUUUGUAUGAUAGCAUGUUGUGUUCUACAUAAACUUGUUCCAUUUGGUUUGGCAUAAAAACUUGGCAAGUCAUCCUCAGUAUUUCCAUCACUUUUUUGUGUAAUUGACAGUUGUUAGCUAAGGGCAUGCUAUCUGCUUGUACAUUUUCAAUUCAAUAUUAUCUUCAUGGCUUUAAGACCUUUAUGUAAAGGAAGAUUCAAACCCAUUGUAUCCAACAUGGAAGAUAUUCAAUUAAAUACUACUUGGGAAGAU